AUAAUGGCAUCUUUUCUAUUAGUCUAUAUUCACAAAGAGUAUAAGUUGCUUUAUUUCCUGUGACACCCGGCAAGAUCUGUAAACGCUAUACAAUUUGCAGUCUACACUGUACUACAGUGCAUUUUAGUUUAAGAGCUAUAGACUAGAUACUUACUUGUAAGAUGAGUUACAGUAAGUCAUCAGGUCUUGCUCAGUGGACAGUAAUCAUUUGCUUUUAUAUAGCCCUUGAGGUGCUCACAAUCCAUGGGCAAAGUUGUCGUGUUGGAACUGAUGCUACAGAGUUUGAAGCUAACAGAGAACAUAGUUUCUACCUCAACACUCAAGAUCCAGCUCAAUGUGAUGGGACAAUAACUGAAUUUAAUUUCUGCUACUAUCGCUCGAACCCAAUUCAAAUUGCUGCAUCAUAUGACUUUACCUUCUCUGUGUACAGAAGAAGCAGCUCAGAAUAUAUAAGUGUAUCAGAAGCAUUCACUACAGGCAGAACUGUUGCUAACUUUGGCACUGGCUGUAGAACCUUUUCGGUAAAUGAUAUUCCAGUGCAGGCUGGCGAUGUGAUUGGUGUUUGCAUUUACGACCCUCCAGACAAUGCUGAAUCUGUCGACAUAUUUGGGAAUGAUUAUACUAACAGACUACCAAUAGACAUGGUUAGCCAAGAUGCAGGAGAAGAUCGUUUUCUUAUGUCCACCGGUAACUCUGGCUGUGGAGACAUGUCCGUCCCAAGUCCAGUAGCAGUUAGUUCUCUUAAUAGAGCAGACGACAGAGUUUUACACAUUCAUGCCGACAUAACUCCCCUCCCAACCACUGAACCUCCAAUCAUCCUCACGACUAUGGGCACAACACCACCCUCCUCAACAGAUCCUCCCAUAGUUACUGACAGCACGACAGAGACUGAAAGUUCAACAGGCACAAUAGAAACUUCUCUCUCAAAUGAGGUGCCACUAACAAACUCUCCCACAACUAGUACAGGAAAUGACUCAAUCACCAUGGCCCCUUUGGCCCCAGCCGAGAAUACCGGAGUUGUAGCGGGUGUGAUGGUGCCAUUGCUAGUAAUAGUAAUCGUCCUGGCAGUGGUGACUUUGGUGGUUGUUGUUUUUCUGGUGAAGAGAGGAAGAUCCCGAAAGGAGAUAGCAGAGGUAAAUGUUGGUAGGAACACUACUGCAAUCAACAAUGAUAUGGUAAGAAGCCCCCACUCCAUCAGUCUAAAGUCCAAUGAGGCUUACAGUGUUCACGGCAAGACUCAAGACUCUGCCACAGACUAUGUUACGGAAUCGACUGCAGAGGGGCCUCUCUAUGAUAGUGUCACAGAAUCUGGAGAAGGACAAUUAUCAACAACUCCCACUCAACAGCCCAAUGAUUUAAACCCUGAUGUGACUUAUGAGGAAGUGCCAGGACCUACACACUACAAUGAUCCCUGUCAGCCGAUACCUUUGGAAAAUAAUGAAGCUUACAGUGUACACAAAUCUGGAAAUGAAAAAAGUAUAGAAAUGCCGGGUGAAACAUACUUUCAAGAAGUGGACCUAAAGUCCAACGAGGCGUAUAGUGUGAGAGGGGAGGUGCAAGUUGCUGCCAUCAAUGGGACCACUGAUGCAGUGUGCUAUAGUGUCAUUGACUUGCCUGGUCAUCAAUCUGGAGAAGCAACCAGUGGAACUGAAAUUCAAAUGGACAGUAAUGAGGCAUAUCGCACAUCUGAGAGAGAUAGACAACCUGAGGAAACUCUUGACUAUGAUUACGCUAUCCUGUAAACUGAUCAUGAAUCACUAGCUGUAUGCCUGAUCGUUGUAAUAUUUUAGUGUAACUGGUCGUUUUAAGAACCAGUGAUUC